AUCGUCCUCCUGGAACCACACAAAGCACAACAUCUACCAUGCCGCUCUUCGAGAUUCAACAUGUCGUUCCAUUGACAGACGCACAGAAAGACGACCUCGCGGAGGCCAUCACUCAAAUCCAUGCCACAAUUUUCACCACGCCCCGCGUGGCCGUCAACGUCAAGUACACAGACGUUUCAAAUGUCUUGAUGUACAUCGCUGGCAAGCGACGCCAAGGCAACCAUAUCAUCGGCAACGUACGAGUCGGGCCUGCUCGUCCUCAAGAGGACUUCGACAAGGAGUGCCUCGAAAUCUUGGCCGCUUGGAACAGAAUCGUUGCAACGCCGGAAGAGAAGAAGAACGCUCCCAAUCUGGAUCUUCGGUUGAGGUCUUGCUUUCUUCUGGGAGGGAUGGUGGCGGGUUAUGAGGCUGGAUUUUUGAUCCCUCCGGCUGGUGGGGAUGUAAAAUGGUUGCACGAUCACAUUGCGUCGUUCGAGGAGCAGGCUGCUGCUGGGGAUGAGGACAUGGCGGACUUGGUUAAGGAAGUGAAGGAGAGGGGCAUGUUGAAGAACACAACAAUCUUUUGAAUGCUGCGCGGUCCCU